AUGUUGUCCGCAAGAGUUGUUCCUAUCGUGCCAAACGACCACCGUUUACAACUGGAUAAAUAUUAUGCACUGAGUAGUCGUUCUCUAUUUUAUGUGAAAGGGGUUGCUCCGAGGCGGAGGCACUACCGAGGAGUGAGGCAAAGACCAUGGGGAAAGUGGGCAGCGGAGAUUAGAGAUCCGAAGAAAGCUGCUCGAGUGUGGCUCGGCACCUUCGACACCGCAGAGGGUGCAGCCGCCGCCUACGAUGAAGCUGCCCUGAGAUUCAAAGGCGCAAAGGCGAAGCUCAAUUUCCCCGAGAGAGUCCAAGGUCGGACGGAUCUUGGUUUCCUGGUAUCCCCAGGAAUUCCCCGACAGGUGUCAGAUCCGGUGCUCCGACCGCCACCAUCGUACCCGGAUCUCCUUCAGUACGCCCAGCUCCUUCGCGGUGGAGACGAGGACCUCCAUACUGUGGCGGCCAGACUCUACGGUCGACGCAUCAUAUUUUCGAGCGUUCCACCGAUCUUGGCGUCUCCAGGGAACUCUCCGCAGGGACUGGUGGGCUUUUCCUCCCCGUUCAGCAGCUCUUCCUCUAGCUCGAAUCCUCAAGAACAAGAUAAACCCAUCAGAGGUGGCCUAUCGAGGGAUAGCUGUUGA